CACACUCCGGGCGGCAGCAGUCAUGGCAGACUUCGGUGGCAAACCCGGGGGAAAUGAUGGGAUUGCGCGUGCUUUGGGACAGCAAGCCGGUAAGGUGGUGGAGGGUGCAGUGAAGAAGGGCAUGAGUGCAUACGCACAGAAGGGGCAGAAGGGUGGCCAGAAGGGUGAGAAGAAGAAGGAAGGAGGAGGAGGAGGAGGAGGUCUCAACAUCGAUGACGUGCUGUCAUUCGACGGUGGAAACAAAAACGAGGGUCAGCGAGGUGGAGGAGGUGGAGGAGGUGGAGGAGGUCUCAACAUCGAUGACGUGCUGUCAUUCGACGGUGGAAACAAAAACGAGGGUCAGCGAGGUGGAGGAGGUGGAGGAGGUGGAGGAGGUCUGGGGAACGUCGUUGGCGGGUUAUUUAAAUAGAAAACCUCCUUCAGCCCCAUCAAACCUCCACCUGCAGCCUCCUGAGAUGACUACAUCAUAUCAUGUUUGCUGUGUUUUAUCUUCUUUCACUUCAUGUUCAGCAGAAAAUUCAAAUUCUUCCGUCUGAUUGUUUUAUGAUUAUUAUCAUUAUAUUGUUUGUCCUGCCUUAAUAAACAGGCACAAUUAAAAGAGCUUUGUCACCAGUGUG